AUGGAGGAAUCAAGUUCUGCUUGUGGAAGGCUUCAGUUUCAGCGGGUAUUCUUUGCCAAAAUAUCAGCGAAGUACAGGAAUUACUGUAAAACAUACAGACAAUGGGUGGGCAAAAACCCAGAAGUCGCAUCCCAGAUCGAACACACAGUCAAAAUCGUAUCUUACUUGAUUGCAGGACGGUUUGAUAGAUCACAGGAACUGGCAGAGCUAGUGUAUGCGUCAUCAAGUUUAUUAGUUUAUAUUAACGACAAUAUUCUCAGAAGAGCAUCAAAGCUUAAACUAAAACUGCCACCACGCUCACAAUAUCGUUUGAUGUCUUGGCUAACUAUGAUAGAAUAUAUUGAAGUAUUUGUUGAAAUAGCAGCUAAGCGAUUAUGGGGAGAAACUGGUAGAUGGAUUGUUAUUGUUAUUAUUCAGUUAAUAAAGGCUACCCUGAGAGCAACAUUGUUAGUUGUUGAAAAAGUUGGUAUCCAGUCUUUGCCUCCACUAUUUCCACUGAAUCGUGAGAAAGACAUACAUAUACCUGAGAACGGUGACUCAAUAGAAGAGGAUGAACUCACUCAGUCAGGCAUUGAUGAACAAAAUGAAACCUAUGAAGAUUUUGAACAAAUAUACAGAGAAUGUGAUGAAAAUAAAGAGGAUGAGAAAAACAAAGCAGCAACAUUUGUUGGUAAAAGGUCUGGAAGAGUAGUGAGGACUUUAAAUGCUGCUCCCCCACUACUCAAUAGGACAUGGAAUUUGCCGUCAACUGAAACCACUGAAAAAGAAGAACCCUGGUCUAAAUAUCUACCACCAACAGAACUUAGCAAAAACCGAAUUAUAGGAGAGAGUUUGUACAUUGCUAGACCACUUAUACAUUUGGCAUCUAUGUUUAAAUUUGGGCAGUAUUCAUGGAAACCAUGGUUACUGUCAUGUGGUUUGGAUCUAUCAAGUCUCCUGCUAAUGGGCAAUUCAAAGGACUUGAAUGUCAAUGAAAAAGCAGAACUUCGUAGACGGUCUAUUUUCCUCUUGUACUAUCUACUUCGCUCACCAUUUUAUGACCGAUAUUCAAAAGCCAGAAUAUUACUAGCUUUACAAGGGUUAUCUGACAAAGUGCCAUUGAUGGGGUUGAUUGCCAGACCGCUUAUGGAAUAUUUACCAUACUGGCAGCAGGUAUACUUCUAUAAUUGGGGAUAUUGAAACUGCAUCAAUUUACGCUGAAUCAUUACGUAUAGCGAAUACGCUAAACACAACAGACUCACUGGUAAUACUAUUUGAUCACAACUUAAUAUUCCAGUGGAGUGUGAAACCCGCAUUUACCAAAUCAAAUUAAGUGUUCUUACAAGUUCACUGCUGUUACUUCUUAGUCCAGAUCUGUUAUUCCAUGUUAUUGCUAAAGAUGGACAAUAUGUGGUAACAAAGUCAUUGUUACUGUUGAUAAAGGC